GGAGGAGACAAAUUGUAUAAAGAUCUGAAGCAAAACUUUUGGUGGCCGAGAAUGAAAAAUGAAGUGGCAGAAUUUGUGGCUCGAUGCUUAAACUGUCAAAAAGUGAAAGCCGAGAGAUGCAAGCCCAAGGGACUUGUCCAACCAUUGGAGGUACCAACGUGGAAGUGGGACUCAAUCUCGAUGGACUUUGUCGGGGGUUUGCCUUUAACAAAGUCCGGGAAGGAUAAGAUUUGGGUAAUCGUUGAUAGAUUGACCAAGACCGCUAGGUUCAUUCCCAUGAAUGAAACUUGGAGCAUGGAUAAGCUGGCAAAAGCCUACAUCAAGCAUGUGGUCAAGUAUCACGGUGUACCCCGAGAUAUUGUAUCUGAUAGAGAUUCUAGAUUCUUAUCCCAAUUUUGGAGGGAACUUCAAGUUGCUAUGGGAACCACACUAAAGCUAAGCACAGCAUUUCAUCCGAUGACAGACGGUCAGACGGAAAGAACAAUUCAGACACUCGAAGAUAUGCUGAGAGCAUGUGUACUGGACCUACAAGGGUCAUGGGAUGAACACUUGGACCUAAUAGAGUUCUCCUAUAACAAUAGCUAUCAUACGAGCAUUAAAAUGGCUCCAUACGAGGCUCUAUAUGGUCAAAAGUGUAGAAGCCCUUUGUGCUGGGGUGAUAUGGUGGACCGGGUUGUCUUAGGGCCGCAAUAUUUGCAAGAUACGAUGGAGAAGAUCAAGUCUGUUCAAGCGAGAAUGAAGGCAGCACAAGAUAGACAAAAGUCAUAUGCGGACCUAGGAAGAAAACCAGCUGAGUUCGAGGUAGGAGAGAAAGUACUCCUAAAAGUCUCUCCCACUAAAGGCGUCAUGAGAUUUGGGAAGAAGGGCAAGUUGAGUCCUCGAUUCAUCGGACCUUACGAGAUUCUGGAGAAGGUGGGGAGAGUAGCUUACAAACUGGCUCUACCCACGGAAUUGAGCAAGGUACACGACGUUUUCCAUAUAUCUCAACUGAAGAAGUAUAUCCGUGAUGAGGCGCAUAUCUUAAACCCGG